CGGCCAGUCGCCGCUCCUCGCACCGGCUGCAAGCACGCGCGCACGUGCCACGCUCUCACGCGAUGCAAAUACACUCCAACUGAUCGCAUAAUAACAACACCACAAUGCCAUAAACUCAACUCAAUAAUUUGCACUAUAAUGGAAAGCGGAUGAAAGUAAAAUUCCAAAACCAGUGACAUUCGCCAAGUGACCAGUGAUUGUUUUUUGGUAGUGGAAUUAAAAUUAUUUUGAAGCAUCGCCAACACCCAAAUGGUGAGAUCAAUAGUGGACAGUGCGCUGUAGUGAUUAUCGUCAACAAGUGAUCCUCGGUGCUGGUGAUGGAGGCGGUAUGCGCGCGCGGCGACGCGGCGUGCGAGGCGCGCGCGCUGGCGGCGGCGUUGCACUCGCUCAACCUGUACUGCGCGUCCAUCAGCGCCGCGCUCAUGUGCUGCUGCGCUCCUCUACACAAACACUACAGGCACUCUAAACGGUGGCGUGGUCAAAAUGUAAGAGGAGUGGCAAGCCUGGUGCUGGCAGCGGCGUGGUGCUGCGACGCGGCGGCGGCGUUGCUCCGGCCAGCCGACACCGUGCGCCUGGUGGCCGCGCUCAUGGCGCCCUGGUCGUGGCUGGCCGCGGCCGCCUUCCACGUGGCUCUCUGGACCCGGCGCUCCGCAGCCCCCAUCCUCUACCUUGCCAUAUACUGGAUGCUCGCCGCUGCCUCUGCAGGGAGCAUACUAUGGCAACACCUCGUCACCGGAGCUGCGACCACUCACGUAGAACUGUACACACAAGGCGUUUCCUUACUGAUGGCAUUACUGAUAUCUGUCGUUGACUGCAUUUGUUUUUAUGACGAGGUUACGAAACGCUUCAGAAAUGACUUGAAAUCAAAUAUCCCAAAUAUCUGUUAUAAACACAACGACACUCACUUCUAUUCAAAAAUCACGUUCUUUUGGUUGAAUUCUUUAUUACAUAAAGGAUAUAAGUCACCACUGGAACCAGAUUAUUUGGGAGAACUUCCAGAAGACGAACAUUCAUUAAAAUAUUAUAAAGAAUUUUUGAAAAUAUUUCAGAACUUAGACAAUUCAAAUGCUAAAGAUGGGAGCCCCAGUCUAUGGUCAUGUUACAUUCGUAAAGUUUGGCCAAACUUUUAUAUCGCUGGAAUAUUAAAAUUGUUUGGCGACAUGAUCGGUGUGGUACCUCCCUUAGGACUGGCCAUUAUAAUACAGUACAUGGAAAGUCCCUCUAAAAUAGACAAUUCCAGUACACAAGUGACUGUAGAAGAAUUCUUCAAGAACGGAUAUGUAAUGCUUCUUAUAAUUACGAUGGCGCUAAUUAGCCAAGCAUUCUUAUCUCAGAAUUCAACACAUUUAGUGACGGUCGAAGGCACAAGACUGAAGACGGCUUUACAAAGCAUGGUCUACGACAAGUGUAUGAGGCUGGCGCCGUGGUCAUCGACAGACGCCGACGAUGACGAAGACUCGCGACUGUUGCCCGACUCCGAAGACAGUAGCUCCACGAGGAGUGGGCUCAUAACCAAUCUAGUCUCACAGGACACGUACAAUAUCAUGUCGUGUGUGUGGAUAUGUCAUUACAUUUGGGCAAUACCUCUGAAGGUAAUAGUGAUAUUGUAUUUAUUAUAUACCAAACUGGGCGUGAGUGCAAUCAUAGGGACUGCUGCAAGUGUUCUAGUAAUCACGCCAUUGCAGUUUUACAUUGGAAAGAAAUUAUCGGACAAUUCAAAGGACAUAUCAAAAUGCACAGAUCACAGAUUAUCAAAAAUGACGGAAAUAUUACACGGCAUGGAUGUGAUCAAGCUUUACGUUUGGGAAGAUUUGUUCAAAGAGAAAAUUUUACAAUUAAGAGAACUCGAAUUGAAACUUCUAAAUAAAGAUUCUGUUUACUGGAGUUUCUUGACUUUCACAACUCAAAUAUCUUCGAUAAUGAUAACUGCAAUCACUUUUACCGUUUACUACUUAUUAGACAAUAACAGUCAGUUAACGGCUACUAAUGUAUUCGCUGGAUUAGCGUUAUUUAAUCAACUCACUGUUCCCCUUCUCAUACUGCCUGUAACAGUGCUAAUGGUUAUUCAAGCGAUGGUCAGUACAAAGAGGAUUCGAGACUUUUUAGAACUUCCUGAAUCGAACAAUGUACAAGAAGGUAAAGAUGAAGAACGAAAGAAAUCUACAGAAGACCGAAGUCAAGAAGUAUUCUUAGACAGGAAUGAAUCCGAAGUUAGUAACGUAAUCAGUAAAGACGAAACUGACGGUGAAUGUGUCGAUCAGUUUUCUGAUGACGAGGUGUUCACGAUGGCAACUCGUAGAUCUGGCCCCUUGGUUACGUUUAAGAAUGCAGCCUUCACUUGGGGCAAAAGGAGUGAUAUGCUGUUAGAAAUAGAUGACCUAGAAAUUCCAACAGGAAAACUAAUAAUGGUAGUUGGAGCUACUGGAUCUGGAAAGUCUUCAUUGCUGUCUGCAAUUCUUGGGGAGAUGUAUCUGGAUAGAGGAGAGGUCGUUUAUAACAAGUACUGCUCCAUGUGGUACGCGGGACAGCCGCCGUGGCUGCUGGAAGGCUCGGUGCGCAACAACAUCGUCAUGGACAGCUCGUGGUGCCAGAGAAAAUACGGCCGCGUCUUGCGAGCGACCGGUUUGAGACCCGACCUGCAGCUUUUACCAGAGGGUGACGCGACUCGGCUGGGCAGCCACGGCGCGCCGCUGUCGGGCGGACAGCGCAUGCGCGUGUGCAUUGCGCGCGCGCUGUACUCGGGCGCGCAGCUGCUGGCGCUGGACGAGCCGCUGGCCGCGCUGGACGCUCCACUGGCGCGGCACCUGGUGAUGCGCGCGCUCGUGCCCGCCGCGCGCGCCGGACGCACUGUCCUCGUCGCCACCAACAGACUCGAACUCUUACAUUAUGCCGACUUGAUAAUAGCAAUGGAAGGAGGUCGAGUAUCAGGCGUGGGGCGCGGCGCGGCGUGCGAGGGCGCGCUGGCUCGCUGGGCGCGGCUGGCGAACGAGGCGCGCACGGCGGCCGCGCGGGCUGGGGCCGGCCCGCCCGGCGGCGCCGCCCGCGAGCGCUCCCGACUCGUGCGCGCGCUCAGCAGGGCCCGCUUCCAGAGGUGCAACUCCGACGAGACCACGGUGGGCAUCAGCGAAGCAGCAGGCGCGCACUUGCUCCCAGAGCUGACAACUUGCGCUGUGGGUAGCUGGCGGCGUCGCGUGUCCUCACACCCUCGACCAGCACUCUCCAGGCAGCUGUCCUCGCCGCCACCUUCCAUGUACAAUUACAAAUGGCGACCGGAUGUCCGAAGAGCCGUGAGUGCAGAUGAGUCUAACGCAGCUUUACAGAGAGAGGCCAGCAUGCUGCGGCGGUGGUUACGGCCCAAGGCACCGCGUAAUCUCAACAGGUUUACACCAAGAACGUUACGCAGACUGAUAAGCUCAGAUUCUGAAGGUGUUAUGGAAGAUAUUGAAAAUAGGGAUGUCGUUGAUGAUUCUAUGGUUGACACAACGCCGUAUAGUUCAUUGACCUCCAAUGGCAUCGAAACGAACAACACCAUUGUUGUAGAUGAAGAUGACACCGUACCGAAAGUGGAAGAAGUAAACGAGUGCGCUAUUUGGUGGGAGUAUGCGCAAGCGUGUCGGUGGUGGGGCAUCGCGUACUGGCUGGCGGCGGCCGCAGCGCAGGCACUCGCUCUAGCCGCCGACUACUGGCUCACCUACACCACGUCACAAAGCAAGGAGACACAGCUCACUGACUCGCAGACAUGGAGUGGCGUGAGUACAUACGCGAUGUGGUGCGGCGGCGGCGCGCUGGCGGCGGGCGCGGCGCAGGCGGCCAACGCGUGCGCCUCGGCCAAGGCACGCCGCACGCUACACGAGCGCCUCCUCCACGCCACGCUGCGCGCCCCGCCGCACCAUCUGCGAAGUGCUCCCCUUGGAGAUACACUGCAUCGCUUCUCGGCAGACAUCUUGGUCAUCGAUAAGAAACUCCCGACAGCAAUCAGCCGCUGGGCGCAGCUCGCUCUACUAUGUGCGGCGGCCAUGCUAGUGAACGCGGUCAUCGCGCCGUGGACUCUUCUGGCGUCGGUGCCGGCGCUGCUGUGCUAUCUCUUCCUGCAGUCGGUCUAUCUGUGUAACGCUAGAGAGCUGCAGAGCGCAGAGGCGCAGAGCGCAGCGGGCGUGGUGUCGCUGUGUGCGCAGACAUGCGCGGGCGGCAGCACCAUCCGCGCCGGCCGCCUGCAGCCGCGCAUGCGCGACACCUACCAGCGCGCUCUCGACAACAACCACAACACUCUGCUCCUGCUGAAUGCCGCCAACCGCUGGCUUGGAUUGACACUGGACUUGGUGGGGGCCGGGUGCGUUUGUGCUGUGUUGGCGGUGUGCCUGCAAGGCGGCGGGGGCGGUGCGAGCGCGGGGCUGGCGGGGGCGUACGCUCUGCUGCUGCCCGCCUACCUCGCGCACCUGGCUAAGUGCCGCGCAGACUUGCACCUGCAACUGGCAGCACUUGAACGCGUGCAUGAUGAUACCAAUGUGCCGCAAGAAGACUAUAGGGAUGACUGUCCCAUACCCGUCGGUUGGCAGAGAAACGGGAAAAUAGAAUUUGAAAACGUCAGCAUUCAGCAUGAACCAGGAUCUACGUCGAUACUUAGGAAUAUAAACCUUACCAUAUCUCCCGGUGAAAAGGUAGCAAUUUGCGGUAGAAGCGGCAGCGGUAAGUCAACAUUACUUCUAACGUGCGCCGGAGCGACCACGAUCAGCAGUGGCCGCGUGCUCAUCGACGGCGAGGACAUCACCCGCGUGCCGCUGCGCGCGCUACGGCACCGCGUCGUGCUCGUGCCGCAGGACCCCGCCAUGUUCUCCGGCACGCUCAGGGAGAACCUCGACCCACUUGCCGUACAUACCGACGAAGAGAUCUGGCACAGUCUCAGAGCUGUCGGACUGUUCGACUUUGUGUCAGCCCAGCCUGCAGGAUUGGAGUGCAGCGUGUGCUCGCGGCCUGGCGGCGCGGGCUGGAGCGCGGGGCGCGCGGGGCGGGUGGCGGCGGCGCGCGCGGCGCUGCACGCGCGGCUGGCGGGCGCGUUGCUGCUGGACGAGCCGGCCGCCGCGCUCGACGCCAGCGCGGAGCGAGCGCUACUCUCCGCUCUAGCAGCUGUUGCACCUCAUACUACUAUUAUUACUGUGGCGCACCGCAUCUCUUCAGUGCGCGGUUACGAGCGCAGCGUGGUGUUGGACAGCGGCUGCAUCGUGGAGCUGGGCGCUGUGGCCACGCUACUGUCGCAGCCAGCCUCUCGACUGGCGCGAAUGCUUGCUGCAGCUCAACGACAGAACUAAUCUGACCUGCUUCCACUUUUAUAUGAGGCCUGGUUAAUCGGUCAAAUAACUUUACCCCUCUGAAGAUAGCUACAGUGACUAGGGUGAGGUUCAGUCAGAACCUACUAACAAACGCAUGCGCAAGGCGUCAAGUGACUGACUUCUGAGCGGGAAAAUUAUUUGACGAGAACUUUACUUGACGAGUCUUUAGUUAGCGAAUCACUUAGCUAACCAGAGUGACUACGAUGUAACCCGCAUAUCAUGUGUACAAGAGUGUAUAUGAAGUAUUCAUGAUGAGAAUUUGUAUUCUGCUCUCUGCACUGACUAAGGAGGCGUUACUUGACAAGGUGAAGUUACUCAUACUCAGUUCUUGGAAUAAUGAGACACGGCACGGCGCCUGCGCAAAUAUUUGAUGUUGACAGAACUAAUGAAUAAGAAAACAUCAUUCUGUAUUCAAAUGACCAGUAUUUUAGUGAAUAGACCCUUCGAUAUUUUAUGAACAUAAAGUUGGAUUUCCCAGUGUUUUAAUGUAUGGCAAAUCUGGUAUACUUAAACCAAGAGCUUUAAAUAUAUCAAUAAAACAUUUUAAAUAUUUAUGCCAAUAAGCAUAAUUUCUACAACAAAGUGAUCUUAUAAAGCUUCUGUUUAUCCUUUUAAGGUACGGAACCCUAAUGAAUAUCUUAUCAUCUAGCAUGACGGCUAGCUAUUAAACAAAUUAUUAUGUAUUUAUUCCUUAUUAUAUGGCCGUGAAACGCGGUCAAUACAUCAAUUGACACUAAAGGAAUUUCAGCUAUUAAUAUAUAAGUUGACAUUGAAUCUAUCUGCGAGCUCUUUAACAACACAGUUGUUUACAGCCGUUAUGUACGGUAUCGAUUUGUUGAAGCAAGAGAACGAUUGGAGUGAAUAAAAUUAAGAUUUGUAUUCGUGACUAUACUGCGAUGUAUUAAUUUAUUAUUCAAUUGUACCUUGUUUGUUCCAAAUAAAUGAUAAUUAAAACAGCA